AUGGACCCGGAAGAAUCCGGGAACGGAGUAUCAUGCGAUGAGGAGCGCAAUCUCGUCGAGGGACUGUUGAUAUGGAUGAGGGAGUCCCGUCGCCUCGCCGAGGCAUUGGGUUCCCUCGGCGUCUCGUUUCAUCGACCGCCUUCUACGGCUUCUCCGCCUUCUCCUCGGAUUCGGACGAUGGACCCGGUGGAAGUGAACGGGGUCCGGUACUCGUUGCUGCGAGAAUCGGAUCGCGACGAAGCGGCGCGGCUCCUCGCGGAGGACUUCCUACCCCGGGCUCCCCUGUUGGACGAGAUCCCGUUCGACGACGAGGACGUGAGAGGCUUCUCUCGGCUCUCUCUGGACCUGGCGUUCGAGGACGAGGUGAGCAUCGCGGCCAGGGAGGCGUCGACGGGGGAACUGCUGGGGAUGGCCCUCAACGCCGUCCACGCCAGGGGGGACAGGCGCUUCGAGGAGCGAUCGGAGGGGCUGCCGCCGAGGAUGCGUCGGGCGAAGGGGGCCGUGUCGCGGUUCCUCGCCGACGUGCCCGACCUGCACGAGCGGUACGGGGCCGAGAGGCUCCUCGAGAUCAAGAUCCUCAGCGUUCGCAGCGAUCGGGGGACGAGAGGGAUCGGGGGGAACCUCGUCCGGUUCUCCCUCGAGGUCGGGAGGAAGCGUGCCGGCGGGAUGUACGUGAUCGCAUCCAACGCACGCACCGUCGCCAUCUGCUCCAAGUUGGACGCCGAGCUCCUCUCCGAGUUCCCCGCUCAGGAAUACUUGGUGGACGGGAAGCCUUUCUUCUCCUCACGCACUCAUUCCUUCUACAUUCUCGGCAUGAAACUGUAGGGGGAUUUGCACUCCUGUCGCUGUCCUGUCGACCGCACAUAUCCAUGCAAUCGAUGUCGUGCUUCGAAUCCUUGCCGUUCCUUGUCUGAGCUCACGGUUGCAGAGUGAUGGGAAAAAAAAUUCGACUUUGUUUGAUUUCUCGUCUUUCGCUUUGGAGCACGAGUGGAUUAAUUCCGCCGUGAAGAGGGCAUGUUCCUUAUGUAGGAUUAAGCGACGUUUUUAUCGCUUUCGGCGGCCAGAUUUCCUUACGCCUCUUGAAUAGACAUGUCACCGGGAACUUUUUUGAAGUUUUUUUGGACUGGGAGUUGAAACUCCUUUACAUACAGUUUUCAAUCACACCUGCAAAAGCUUUCUAUUGUUUUUGCUCUACCAACGACAGCAUAACGUACAUGGCAUGAUUGUUUUUCGAAAUCCACAC